AGUUUAUACUUAAAAAGCUCCAGAUUGAUGGCAAUUGAGUUCCUCCAUAUGUUUCUCAUGUUGAGUUUAAAGUUUUAAACUUUCCCAUAAUAAACCAUUCAUUCAUAUAUUGGGAUUUAAACAUAAUAUAUUAUUUGAGAUCUCUCUAUGACUCUGUGCAUGUGUCUGUAUGUAUAUGUAUGCAGUUUAUUCAAUGAGGUUUUGCUUUUAGAGUAGAAUUUGAUUUUGGUGGUUAGGCAUUAUGAAGUAUUAGCUGAUAUAUGUUAUGUUUUGGGGAAUCUAUAACAUAAGCAUGGAUAAAAAGGCUGAAUAUGAUGUCAAGGUUAAAGCAGUUGAUAUAUCUCCUUAUCCUAUCGCAAGAGGCAAGCCGACCACCUUCAGCAUUUCUGCAACUACAGACCCUGUCACGGCUGGUUUGGAUGGUUUUCAUCUUUCACUUGCCAAAGGCCAUUGUUCUAAAAAUGUAACUCAACAAUGCACCGUUAGGGGACUUGGAUGCAGUUGUUCAUUCUGUCGAGAAACCUAUGGUGAAAGACUUCCUGGGUCAUGCUUCAGCAACCUCGGCCUUUCUCACAAAGAUUUAGCCCAUUCCAGAAUAUGAAUACAUCUGGC